GUAUGUUUACAAUCAUUUAGUAUCUCCUGAUGCAAUACCUCUGUGAAAUUGCUGUAAUUUGUUCUGAGUUUAUUUUUUUGGCAUUAUCUCAAACCACCUCCGUGCAGCACCACAAGACAAACAGUAAAUAGAGCAUUUGAUUGGCAGUUAUGGGCAGCAAAUAGGAUGUGAGAUCAACAAGUCAGCCUGAUCAAUACCUACCUAUAAAAGUCAGCAUAUUUUCACCAUAUUUUUCACAGCAUCUGGUGUUCUUUGUGAAUCACCCUGUGUUGUGAAACCAUGACAAUGAAGUUGUUUUGUGGUUGUCUUCUAGCAGGUGUGCUGCUUGGCUGUCUGACUGAUGCUCAAUAUUAUAAGCCCCAGCCACCACAGCCACCACAGCCACCACAGCCGCCUCAGCCGCCCCAGUGGCCCCAGAAGCCCCAGCCGCCUCAGCCGCCUCAGCCGCCCCAGUGGCCCCAGAAGCCCCAGCCGCCUCAGCCACCCCAGUGGCCCCAGAAGCCCCAGAGGCCUCAGCCUCAGACUCCGAAAUACACACCACCAGCUCCUCAGAGGCCAAAUGUUUCCAACAAAAAGCAAAUGGACCAAUAUACUCAGCAGCCUCAGAAAACCAAGCAGCCUCAGCAACCUACAGAAGUAUUUCACACUUGUGAAGUAGCUGAGCAGUACAAGAUAACGUGUGGGGCUCCUGGCAUCUCUGCUUCAGAUUGUGAAGCUAUAAAUUGCUGCUUUGAUGGACGCACGUGCUAUUAUGGCAAAUCCGUGACUCUUCAGUGCACCAAGGACGCCCAGUUUAUCGUGGUGGUAGCCAAAGAUGCCACCCUACCCAACAUUGACUUGCAGACAAUUUCUUUCCUUGGAAAUGAUCAAAAUUGCAGUCCUGUUGGCUCUACAUCAGCCUUUGCCAUCUACCAGUUCCCUGUCACUGCCUGCGGCACUGUCAUGACGGAGGAACCUGGUGUUAUAAUCUAUGAGAACAGGAUGUCCUCCUUUUAUGAAGUCGCUAUUGGAGCCUUUGGAGCCAUUACCAGGGACAGCAGCUAUGAGCUACUUGUUCAGUGUAGAUAUAUUGGUACCACAGUUGAGGCUCUAGUCAUUGAGGUUGGCCUGGUUCCUCCACCACCCCCAGUUGCAGCUCCAGGACCGCUGCGUGUGGACCUCAGACUGGGCAACGGACAGUGUAUUUCCAAGGGUUGUGUGGAAGAGGAGGUGGCCUACAGCUCAUUUUACACGGAUGCCGACUACCCCGUCACAAAGGUACUCAGGGAUCCCGUGUACGUUGAUAUCCGAAUGCUGGAGAGGACUGAUCCCAACCUUGUCUUGACCCUUGGAAGAUGCUGGGCAACAACUAGCUCCUACCCUCACAGUCUUCCUCAGUGGGACUUGUUGAUUGAUGGCUGCCCCAACCGUGAUGAUCGUUACCUGACCACGUUGGUCCCUGUGGGUGCCUCACCAGAUCUCUUGUACCCAUCCCACCACAGCCGUUUUAUUGUCAAGAUGUUCACAUUUGUAGCUACUGGAGCUGCCAAUCCCGGCAAAGGAGGAGCUGCAGAUCCAGAUGUUUUUACUCCUCUCCAGGAAAAGAUAUAUAUCCACUGCGACGUAGCUGUGUGCCAGCCCUCUCUUGGAAAUAACUGUCAGCCUAGGUGCUUCAGAAAGAGGAGGUCAAUUGCUGCUUCUGCCGGGGAGAGCACAAGAUCUGAGACCAGUGUGGUCAGCAGUCAGGAGAUCAUCAUUAUGGAUCCAAGCUGGAAUACUCAGUAACAACAUCCAGGCAGCCUACCUGGCUAUCAUGAAAUCUCUGUUCUCAAACCUUACUGAAAAAUUGUUCAGCUUUAAAUAAAUCUCCAAGUUGCAAAAUG